AUGGCCAGUCCGCGCGGUAAAUUUCCCAUUAUUUUAUAGUUUAUUUUGAGUUUAGAAGUUUGGGAGAGAUUUUUUGCCGCCUGUGAUCUGCCUACCAAGGUGCAGAGGCAAUACGCCGCCAAGUUCACACUCGAGAGAAUCCAGCCGUACAUGUUGAAGGAUCUGGGGAAGGAAGAGCUCAGAAGUCUUGGUGUAACUGCUCUUGGAGACCAGGUAAGCAAAAGAAGGUGUUGUUUUAUGUAAAGUAAUGUUUAUAGUUGGCUAUCCUUCAUUAUAUUCGGGAUACUAAUGGAAACCCAUCUGUCUUUCGCCAAGUUUCUUCGAAUAACGUCUCUUCUUCCAGCCAAGGUGAGUGCAAUGUUCUUUUCUUGUCAUUUUUAGGUAUAAAGCAGUAUACUGUGGAAGUAAUGUACUUUUUCUAAUAUUUGAAUGGUAUCUCUUGCUGCUUACGAUUGAUGGGAAUGUAUCUAGCACCUUCUUGUCACUUUUCUGACUAUAUUGUUUUAGCCACAUCAAGUUCUCAACCCCGAACCAGAAUAGUCAAACAAGGCCAUGCCCUGACGGUGGCUGAUGACAUUCCAAUCAGAAAUCAAAGCCGGGUAAUUCAGAAGCGAUCUCAAGCCUCUCCCCAAGUUGUGUCAAGGCUUCGGAGUGAUGAAAUUCUGCGAGAGGAGAGAAGGCAAAGAUUCGCGUAAGUUAUUUCACACCCAUUUUUAUUUUCUUCCUUAGGACCACUCAACCUUCGACCAGCAGAGUGUUUGUGAACCGAAACUUCAGUUCGGAGGUCCGAACCUCCCGGCCAGUUUCUUAUGAACAAGCUCCAUCUCGAAUCCAUCAACGUGUAUCCUAUUCAGGAGAUGGUCAAAGAAGCCAGAGAGCUUCAAACGGCCGCACUCAGAUCCGCUACGUAGAAGAGGCGGCUCCGAGAGCCCGCGUAAAGCAUUACAGACGGUAA